AUGUCAAGGUGGCUGGCGAAGCAGCCGCGGACCUCUACGGCUACGGCCACUCCAACGUGCUUUUCAAGCCUACCAAGGCGAAGGAUUGCCAGUUCCGCCCCUCAGCGUGGCAGGCCAUGUCCUAUUUCGUGGGCUGCCAUGCUGUGGACGAGGGGAUUCCUGAGGACGCAGGCUUCGCCAUCAAUGGUGGCAAAGGCUGGGCCGACGUGGUCUUUGAUAACCACUUCAUCAACGUCAUUGGCGAGGUUGCUAUUGCCAUGGGCAACUAUUNNAUGGAAGCAAGACCAAGGUGGAGUACACCUUCGGCUACGCCAAGAACUUGGAUGGCAAG